CUUAUUCUCCCUUUUUGGGGGGAAUUGGGUCGAAAUUAGGUUACAUUGUUUGUUUAUUUAUGUGUGUUUUUCCUGAAUUUAUAAAAAUCUUUUUACUGUACUAAACUUGUAAAAUCUUGUUAGUACUUUUUGAAUUUCUGACCGUAAAGUAGAUGUCUGCAUUGAUGGCGCCAUAAACAGUAGAUCAUGGCUGAACAUGAGCCCACCCCAGAGCAGCUGGCAGCCAUCGCUGCUGAGAACGAGGAGAGUGAGAUUGUGAACUACAAGCCGCCAGCGCAGAAGACCCUGCAGGAGAUCCAGGAGCUUGACAAGGAUGAUGAAAGUCUACGCAAGUACAAGGAGGCCUUACUGGGUUCCUCCACAGUGGCCGCAGAUCCCUGUAUCCCAAAUGUCCAGGUGACGCGGUUAACGUUGGUGUGUGACAUGGCGCCUGCUCCACUGACCCUUGAUCUGCUAGGUGACCUAGAGAGCAUUAAAAAGCAGAGCUUCAUACUGAAGGAAGGAGUGGAGUACAGGAUAAAGAUAAACUUCAAGGUGAAUAAGGAAAUUGUCUCAGGACUGAAGUACAUACAACAUACCUUCAGGAAAGCGGUGAAGUUGGACAAGUCUGACUACAUGGUGGGUAGCUAUGGGCCUCGGCCGACCGAGUACGAGUUCCUGACCCCUCUGGAGGAAGCCCCCAAAGGCAUACUGGCACGUGGCAACUACAAUAUCAAGUCCAAGUUCACUGACGACGACAAGCAUGACCACCUGUCCUGGGAGUGGAACCUCCACAUCAAGAAGGACUGGAAAGACUAAAGGCUUACCCCGCAGACCCGAGUCAUUUUCUCCUCUCCUCCACACUUUCACUCCUCCUGCCACCCCCUCACUUCAUACCAUCAUCAUCAUGGAUUAACUGGUUAUAUUACAGGAAACGAAGACAAAAUGCGCUCUCACUCCGUCCACCAUCCUACUGCCCCUCCCCGUACACCUACCUUGCUUCCUCUGAGUAUAGAAUCUUUUCAUGAAAAUAUAUAUGUGAAAAAACAAACAAAAACAUGCACCAUCCUAAUCUUGUGUUUUUGUUUUGUUUGUAUAAAAAAGUCUAAAAAAAAGAAGGGAAAAUGUUUUUUCAAAAAGGUUAACCCAUGGAUGCUUUUGACUUGGCUGUUAAGAGUAAUCUUCCUGUCCCUCCCUUGCAUCCUUUGCCCCACAUUUUGCCCCGCCCUUCUCUGUCCUGUGUGCUCUUUUCUCACAUUCCAUUUCUUUUUUAAGUUUUAAAAAAAAAAUCUUUUUUUAAAGACCACAAUCUGCCUUGACAAUGGUAAUGGGAGAUGGUGCAGCCUGAUGAUAGUAUUGGGAGAUGUGCAGCUUGUUGAUGCUUUGCCACUGGCCUUCCUGUUCUUGGGCCCUGAGGGGGCAAAAAAACAUCUGGUGUUGCAUCUUUUGAGUGUUUGUGUACAGUGGCCAGCAUUGCUGGUUGUCAUUGAUGUCUGUAGAGCUGACACUGGAGCCCAGGUCAGUAUGCAGUUGGCUUUGUAAGGGGUGUGUGUGUGUCUGCCUGCAUAAGGUUUAGGUUUAUGGUGUUUCAAGGAUGUAACUGUUAAGCUCACCUCCUGCACACUAUAGGAGCUCCACAGGCUGUGUGUGCGUGCACACGCAUGCAUGUUCUCACUAUUGACCAUUCAUUUUGCAUUGUGGCCUUAAAUAACUGAUUCCUGUAGCAGGAGAUUGAGGAGCCCUUUGCCUUUUGAAGUGUAGAACUUUUAAAUCUGAUCAGAUUUAAGUUCAGUUCACCCCCUUCCCCAUGCAGAUGAGCAUGUCAUCUGGUACUGCAUCCACUUGACUGGGUUCAAGAUGGACCGAACACAGAGAUCAGUAGAUUAGCUGAAUCAUGACUCGAAUUGCAGGUCUGAUGAUUUUGGACCUCUUCCUUUUCUGUGUGUUAGUUUUUGUGUCCAAAGAAAUGGUUGCCACUCCCAGAAUUUUCCAAUUUCCUAAGCAAGCAGGUGCUUAUGUUGUGGAAUGUGCUGAUCGCCUUGUACUGAGAUUUCUCAAAGUGGAAAGGGCUGUUUUUACAUGCAGACCUCAAAUACUAAACUACUCAACUGAAGAAUUACAAACCACUGACUGUGCCUCCAAUGUUCUUAAUCAUGAGCUGCUCCACCAAGACAUGAAACUCUAAGCGAGGGGUGUGUGGGUGAGACCAAAUCAGAGCUCCAGUCUUAUCCUCUGCACCUGGACUCUGCUUAUGUGUCAUUCUGCUUAGUCCACAGCUGCAGGUCAGGCCUAUGUUCAGCUGAAGGUUUACAUUCAGGAGAGGAGACGUUUUACCCAGCACAUCACUCUGCCUUUGUUUAGUAUACCGUUUUGUUAUUCCUCCCCUUUUCACAGCGUUGCCUGUGUUGUCGGAUAGUUUUAUUUUUGCUUCGUUUGAUUUUGGCCUCUCUGUGAGCUAUCACUGUGGAAGCUGGAGAUUACUGUUCAUCUGUGUCAACAUUAAAAGUGUUCAGAAUGGAA